AUGAAUGAUCAUCGUGAUCAUGAAUAUGAUCAUGAUUAUCAUCGAUUGUCUGUUGAUCUUUCUGCUAUGACACUUUCAGAUGAAGAUCAUCACCGUCAUCAUCAACCUAACAACAUCAACAACAGCAAUGUUCCAAGAAUCCGAGGUCGUAAUGUUGUUGACUCAAACUCAAACCACAACAUCAACAACAUGCCUGAUUUUUAUGAAACUCAUGCAUACAACAAUAACAACAACAACACUGUUGAAGAUGAAACAGUGACAGCAACUUACCCACGUUAUCAAAACAACAUGGGUAGUCCAAAAUCACUUUUUGGGGUUUCAUCACUCUCUGAUAUCAAGUGGGGUAUGCAAAAAGGUAACACCUUUGCUGGAGUUUCUCAAAUGGGUUCUUCUCUUGAUCUUGGAAACGGAAACACUGUUUCUUAUGGUCAUUAUUAUGGACAUGGUAGAGGAAGGGUUGUUCCGGUUCAGCUUCAAAACUCAUCUUAUAAUAACCCUUAUGAACAACAACAACAACAGCGUAUUGUGUAUCCUUCACCACCAACAAGAUCUUCUUUUGCUGCUAUGGAAAACGAUUUUCCUUCCAAUCCUAUUAAUCCUAUUAUGUAUGCUAGUCCAAAUGUUAACAAUGCUCCUUCAUCAGCACUUUAUUAUCCUUCUAAUAGCCAUUUUCAGCUUCCUCAAUCUCCUUAUCCUACAAGACCUAUUGAGGAACCCUUGGCUUUUAAAUGUGAUAAUAGUUUCAUUCUUCAAGAGAGGGACUGGAAUUCAUUCUUGGGUGGGGCUGGUGCUGGUGCUGCCUCAAAGUAUUCAUACUCACAGGGGGUAGUGAUUCCUCAAACUUCUCAUCAUUUUCCUGUUAGAACUGAAAACACUCGGGCUGCUAUCGUAGCUGACGAUGAUAAUGAUGUACAACAGCCUUUGAUGAACUUUGGUUAUUUGCCUGCUCUACAAAGUUACAUGAUUCAGACUGCAAAGGAUCAGAAUGGUGGUCGUCAGCUGCAGAAAUUGGUAGAGGAAGGGAGUGUCGAUGAUAAGGAAAUGGUGUUUACUGGUGUUAUUGAGAACAUUGUUGAGCUUAUGAUGGAUCCUUUUGGGAACUAUCUUGUGCAGAAGUUGCUGGAGUUUUGUAGGGAAGAUCAGAGGUUGCAGAUUGUUCAUAUGUUGACUAAGGAGCCUGGUCAGCUAGUCAGGACCUCCUUAAACACACAUGGCACAAGAGUGGUUCAGGUGCUGAUUUCUACCAUCAAAUCAAGGAGGCAAAUUGCAUUAGUGAGGGCUGCAAUUCAACCUGCUUUUCUUGAGCUUGUCAAGGAUCUCAAUGGAAACCAUGUCAUACAACGUUGUUUGACCUGCUUUAGUGUUCAAGAUAACGAGUUUAUCUUUGAUGCUGCAACAAAAUUCUGUCUUGAUGUUGCUACACAUCAACAUGGCUGCUGUGUGCUUCAAAGGUGCAUUGAUUAUUCAAAGGGAAAGAGUCAAGAAAGGCUUGUCAAGGAAAUCUGCAAACAUGGCUUUCAUCUUGCUCAAGAUCCAUAUGGAAACUAUGUUGUUCAGUACAUCAUCCAGAUGCAGAUUCCAAGUGCUAUAGCCAAGUUUACUGCUCAGUUCAGGGGAAACUAUGUCACCCUCUCCACUCAAAAGUUCAGCAGCCAUGUGGUUGAGAAGUGCCUCAAAUAUAUUCCUGAGACUAGAGCCAGAAUUGUCCAAGAAUUGUUGUCUAUUCCCCGCUUCGAGUGUCUUCUCCAAGACCCGUUUGGAAACUAUGUCCUUCAAUGCGCCCUUGACAAUACCAAGGGGUCGUUGCUUACAUCUUUGGUUGACGCGGUCAGAGCGCACAAGAACUUGCGCACGAGCCCAUAUUGCAAGAGGACCUUCUCAAAAAUCCAGCUGAAGAAGUGAUGUCAGUUCUCAAGACAUGUUUGUUGUUGUUGUUCCUUAUCCGUCCGUAUCUCCUAGUUGUUGCAUCCAAUUAGUUUUCUAUGUGUAUCUUAGCUAGUAAGUCUAGCAUGAAAAAAAAACUUAACUAUUAGCCUACUACUAGUAUUUGUUGUUGUGUAUGUGUCCUCAAAAUCCGAGCUUCCAUUACAAAAAAACGGAGAAAUUGCAGCGAUCAUACUGGAGAACAUUGUGAUGUUCAUCAGUUGAAUACAAGUUUGCAAUUUUUCCGUUGAAGCCAGAGUCUGAAAAAAUGUGUUUAGUUUUUUUUAGUACUUAUGGAGUUGU